CGGCGGCGGCGGCAGUGCCUCCACCUCCUCCACUCAGGCGUCUGCACUGGCGACCCCCGCCGCGGAGGGGCGGACUGACUGACGUCCUCGCCGGCCGCCCCCGCCCCCGCCCCGCCCCCGCCCCAGCUUCUUUUAGGUGCCGGGCUCCCGGGCUGAGGCGCUCGCUUCUGUUUCCCUGCCCCUCGCCGUAGCCCUUUCUGUCCGCAGCACCUCGGCCGGCGGCUGCGGCGGCGACCCGAGCAGAAGCGAGCGUGGGAGCAGGCGGCCUGAAGGAUGAAGUGCAAGCCCAACCAGACGCGGACCUACGACCCCGAGGGCUUCAAGAAGCGGGCGGCGUGCCUGUGCUUCCGGAGCGAGCGGGAGGACGAGGUGCUGUUAGUGAGUAGCAGCCGGUACCCGGACCGCUGGAUCGUGCCGGGCGGGGGCUUGGAGCCCGAGGAGGAGCCGGGCAGCGCGGCGGUCCGAGAGGUGUUCGAGGAGGCGGGAGUCAAAGGGAAGUUAGGCCGGCUCCUGGGCGUCUUCGAGCAGAACCAAGAUCGCAAGCACAGAACGUACGUGUAUGUCCUGACUGUCACUGAGAUUCUAGAGGAUUGGGAAGAUUCGGUGAGCAUUGGGAGGAAGCGAGAGUGGUUCAAAGUCGAAGAUGCGAUCAAGGUCCUCCAGUGCCACAAGCCCGUGCAUGCCGAAUACCUGGAGAAACUAAAGCUGGACGGUUCCGCCACCGGUGGAAACUCCGUGGCCCUGUCCGUGCCGGGGAGCGACCCCUAAUUUACUUUGAAAGAAUCAAGUAUGUGAACCCAAUGAUGAAUUGUGAAGCACAGAUGAGCUCUUUCAUACUUUCAAGAACUCAGCUCAUCCUAUGCUUUUGGACACUUCUUCCCUGUUUAUUACAAUGAUAAUUCUCCAGGUUGUUGCACUACCACUGUAUCUGUACAGACUUCUAAUUUGGCACUUAUGGCCUUCUUUGUGCUUUUAUGAUUAUGUAUUUGUAUUUUCCACCAGCUUAUGUGAUCUCGAAUGCAAGGAUCUUGUUUCCUUAGUCUUUUUAUAUAUACACGACAUCACUUGAAAUAUGGUAGACAUCACUGAAGUUUUGUCGAAAUAAUAUUUUGUAAUGACACUGACUGAUAAAGCAUUCACCUUCUAAUCUGGUUUUAGUACAAAAAAUGCUGUCUAACAUACAUAUAGCUUUUGUAUAUCAGGUGUCACACAAGUGUUUCAAGGCAGCUGUGAGAUAAUAGCAAAACUUCUUACUCAUAUGUCUAUGUCAUCCGAGACAUUAUGUGUCUCCUGAUGAUAGUACACUACACCACCUAUGAAAUACAUUUGCCAGAAUUUUGAACCUAAAUCUGACUGUGCCUCUAGAUAUAACUCCUAAUCUAUAGAAAAUACAGGAAACAGAGAAACAUUAUACCACAGAGAUGAUAUCAGCAGAAUCCAGAUUGUAGGAAACUAUAGGACAAAUGACCAGGUUUCUUCAGUAAAUGAAUAAAUAGCCUGGAUAAAGGAAGGAAAUGGAGAAUGAACGUAGAGGUUAGAAGAGACUUAAGAGACAUGUCAACCAAUUGUAAUAUAUGGAUCUUCUUUGGAUCCUGAUUUGACCAAACUGUAAAAUAAAUACAUUUAUGAGACAAUCCAGAUAAUUUGAAAAUUGACUUGAUAUUUGAUACUUGUUUGGUUAAUGGUAUUGUGGUUCUGUUGAAAACAAGAGUCUUAUCUUUUAGAGAUACACACAUUCUCAAACAUUUACAGUUAAAAUGAUGUCUGGAAUUUGCUUCAAAAUAAGAAGUCUGGAUGUUAAGUGCAUUGGAGAUAUUGAUGAAACAAGAUGGGCCUUGACUUGAUAAAUUGUUGAAGCUGGGUGAUGGUUAAAUGAGGCUCAUUAUACUCGUAUGUUU